AUGGCUUCUCUUUAUUCUCUUAACUCCAUUUGCAAUGCUUCUUCCAGGGGUUUAUCGGCAACCCCUCCUAGUUCCUUUCAAAGUCGAAACAAAACACAAAUUUCUGUGAUUAGGAAAAUUAACUAUAAUUAUCCUCGGAUUAUUCAGUGUAGAGCUAAUUUCAUUGACCGAAGAAAUGUGCUUAUUGGGUUAGGAAGUUUGUACGGUGCAACAACAGCUGGGUUGGAUGCGCAACAUGCGGAUAUGGCGGUACCGAUAGGUCCACCUGAUUUAUCAAAAUGUGGUCCGGCUCAUCUCCCGGCUGGUGCGGCACCGAUAAAUUGUUGUCCCCCACCAGGCACGAAGAUCAUUGAUUCUCAACUACCAUGUCCUUCCACUCCUCUCAGGGUUCGUCGAGCUGCUCAUUUAGUUGAUGAGAAAAUAUUGGGUAGUUUAAUUGGUCAUCCGACUUUCGCUUUACCAUUCUGGAACUGGGAUACUCCGGCUGGUAUGAGAUUUCCAUCAAUCUUUGCAAAGAAGGGUUCUUCUCUUUACGACGAAUUUCGUGACGCUAAACAUCAACCGCCAUAUCUACUCGAUCUAAACUACCACCUUCAUGUUGAUCCUAAUCUCCCUGCACAACAACAGUGCACUAAUAAUCUUACUACGAUGUACCGGCAAGUGGUAGGUGCAAAGACAGCAACGUUAUUCCUAGGAUCUCCACAUCGAGCAGGCGAAGCAGAGAAUCCUGGCGCGGGAACAAUUGAGCAUGUUUCGCACGGUCCUGUUCAUAAUUGGGUCGGAGAUAGAACGCAACCUAACCUUGAAGACAUGGGUGAUUUCUAUUCUGCAGCGAGGGAUCCGAUCUUCUACGCUCAUCAUUCGAACUGUGACCGAAUGUGGACUAUAUGGAAAGGUUUAGGAGGGAAACGGAAGGAUUUCACUGAUCCUGAUUUCUUGAAUGCUGCUUUUCUUUUCUAUGAUGAACACAAACAGCUUGUGAGGGUCAAGAUUAGAGAUUGUUUAAAGCAAGAAAAUCUAAGAUAUAAGUAUGAAAAUGUAAAAAUUCCCUGGUUGCACACGAAACUGGUGGCUCCUACCAUGAGGAACGCCAAAAGGGAAAUAUCGUGGAAGAAGGCAGCGUCCGUGACAAAAUUCCCAAUAUUACUUGAUAAGGCAAUACAAGUUUUGGUCAAAAGGCCAAACACAAAAUCACGAAGCAAAACCGACAAAGAAGAUAAAGAAGAGAUAUUGAUAAUAAGUGGCAUUGAGCUCCAUAGAGGUGAUCCCACAAAAUUCGACGUCUUUAUCAAUGAUGGAGACGAAGUCAGUCCCGAGUCAUCUGCAUUUGCUGGUAGUUUUACUAAUUUUACACAAAAACACGGAAGGAAAGAUAAGAAAGUGAUUAAAACUCGUUUGAAAUUAGGAAUAACUGACAUUCUUGAAGAUUUAUAUGCUGAAGAUGAUGAAGAUGUUAUUGUUACCAUAGUACCGAGGACUUCAGGAAAGAAAAAAAUGGUUGUUACAGUUGAAGGUAUUAAUAUCGUGUUUGCUUCUAAACUAAUCAUUUUGGGAUUAGUAAAUCUUUUAAUUGUUGGGGUUUCUUUGUCUAUCAAGUAUCCAAGUGGUUAA